UAGUAAUCGCUGUUUAAACUCUAAAGUAGUGAUGAGAAGUGUCUGAUCACACGUAAGGUGAAUGGCCAAUUUUAAAAAAGUAUAGCAUGUUGCUGCCUAUGAAAAAGUGAAAUUAUAUUCAUACGUAUAAAAUGUAUUUGUUUCGAUGAUACCAAAAAUAUUUUAACAUAUACAAUUAUCCAUGAAAAAUUAAUGAAGUGAUAAUGUCAUUGAGAGUUUCAUGGAUCACACGAAGUAGACGAUGCUACUUCUAUUGUCGACACAUUUGUUGACGAUCUUGGGGGUUUUAACCCUCUGGGGACCUAUCUAUAUCACAAAGGGUUCACCCGAAAUCCAAAGGAAGACGGUAACUCUGCCUGGAGAUAUAAUGAUUGGUGCUCUUUUCUCUGUUCACUUUGCUCCUGGUCCAAAACAAGCGCAGACAAGAACUUGUGGAGAAGUUAGAGAACAAUAUGGAAUCCAACGCGUGGAAUCGGCUUUCCAAACUGUAGAUGAAAUUAAUAGAAACAGUUCUAUUUUGCCUAACAUUACUUUAGGUAUCGAAAUUCGUGAUUCUUGCUGGUAUUCGCCUAUUGCUCUUGAACAAAGUAUAGAAUUUAUCAGAGAUAAUAUAGCUAUGAUUGAUGACGCUGCCCUUAAUGCAAGUGCUAUCGCUGAAGGAGAAAUUUUGUGCCCAAGACCUCCAAAACUUGCCAAAAACUUAGUCGGAGUGAUAGGUCCCGGUUCAAGUACAGUGACCAUUCAAGUGCAAAAUCUUUUACAACUGUUUAACAUACCACAAAUAGGUUAUUCUGCUACUAGUCAAGAUCUAAGUGAUAAAAGCUUUUACAAAUAUUUUCUACGUGUCGUUCCGUCUGAUUUUCACCAAGCAAAAGUAUUAGUAGACAUAGUCAGAAGACACAACUGGACGUAUGUUUCAGCGGUACAUACAGAUGGAAGUUAUGGCGUAAGUGGAAUAGAGGUAUUCAUUAAACUUGCUCAGGAUGCUGGAAUCUGCAUUGCAACAACGGAUUCUGUUCUCAGUAAUGCCGAAGACAAAGCUUUUGAUGCGAUUAUACGGAAUUUGCAAAAAUAUCCAAAUGCUCACGUUGUGAUAUGCUUUUGUGAAGGGAUGACUGUCAAAGGUAUUUUGCGUGCAGCCAAACGGCUAAAUGCAAGUGGACAAUUUCUAUUUAUUGGAAG